AUUAAAUACGUAUUAUUGCUUGUAAGAGCGCUUAGGUUUAUUUAAUAUUAUAAAUUAAAGUAAAAAUGAGUCUAUUAAAAUUUAGAGUCUAGACUAUAUUCCUCUUUAUUCGAUUAUAAUUGAUAUGAUUAAUAUUUUUGUCCGAAUAACUUUUAUGCCAAGAUAAUAUAAUAACCAGAUUGAAAUCUGCAAAGCAAAAGCGACGUCGUUGAACUAUCGAGAAUAGGUAAGGUAAGACCGUAAGAGGAUCUUCACUCGGACCUUCCUACGCUCUAAAAUCACAUAUACUCCCGCAAAAUUUUGAGAAACAAAAAUGGCGGCAGCUGCAAUUUCUACUUAUUUCACUUGUUCUUCUUCAGUUUCUUCUAAAACAACCACAUCUUCGCCAUUUCCAUCACUCUCUAAAAGGAAUUCGAACAAAUCGAUUGUCUCUGUAUUAUCCAAUCCGUCCAAGAAUUAUUCUUCUCUUGCUGGAUUACCGAGUAAAAGCAUCGAUCUUCCUUUAAAGCUUGACCAGUCUGGACUAUAUACCACUCUAAGCUCCAGCAGUGAGUCUAUUGAAGCCAAAAAGGGUAACCCACCCAUAAUGCCGGCUGUGAUGACACCCGGAGGGCCAUUGGACCUAUCUAGUGUGUUGUUCAGGAACCGAAUAAUAUUCAUUGGCCAACCAGUGAACUCGCAGGUGGCUCAGCGGGUUAUAUCCCAGCUUGUAACUUUGGCAGCUAUUGAUGAAAACUCUGACAUAAUGAUCUAUCUAAACUGCCCUGGUGGAAGUACAUAUUCUGUUUUAGCAAUUUAUGACUGCAUGUCUUGGAUAAAGCCAAAAGUUGGGACAGUUUGUUUUGGCGUAGCUGCAAGUCAAGGUGCGCUUCUCCUUGCUGGUGGAGAAAAGGGCAUGCGCUAUGCAAUGCCAAAUUCACGCGUAAUGAUCCAUCAACCACAGAGUGGGUGUGGGGGUCAUGUUGAGGACGUCAGGCGUCAAGUGAAUGAAGCAGUUCAAUCUCGCUAUAAAAUUGACAAAAUGUAUGCUGCAUUCACCGGUCAACCUCUUGAGAGAGUACAGCAAUACACAGAGAGAGAUCGAUUCUUAUCUGUGACCGAGGGGAUGGAGUUUGGUCUCAUAGAUGGCAUUUUGGAAACCGAGUUUUAAGAUUGCUAUAUUUGUUGCAUUGAGAUUGUUUUUCGGAUGCAUUCUUAUAAUACUUGUAUCAGUAGCAUAGUACACAACUUCUUUUGGCAUAUAUUUUGAUUUUUGAUGUUAAAAUUUGGCCUACUUAGUUGAGUCUUAUUUCUGUUUGGAGGGACAUGGAUCAUGGCCAUAGAUGUUUUUGUUUAUUUUUAAAAGAGAUACUAUAUUCUUUUCUUUUUCUGCAAAAAAAAAAACGUAAAUUGUAUGCAGAAAUAUACACUUGAUAUUUACUCUUGAAAUACAAGAAAGGUGAACUAAAGUUUUCAUAAUUGAUACUUUCUGUGUCCCUUGAUAAUGCAACC